ACACUGCUUACAUUACACUGUGGAAGCAGUGCGGAGCAGUGGGAAGUCGGUCCACGGCGUUAUUCCUUCUCUAGCUUCUUUUCUGAUUGUUUUAUGACUUUUCCUUUUAUCCCUCCUGCGUUGAGGAUGUAUUUUGAAUCCGCGUGCAGCGUUGCUCGUUGUCUUAUCUGAGUGUCACAAUCCUUCCAGUUGCACAUCCAUCCUUUACCUUUUCACCUCCAGACUGUGUAUUGGUUUGGUUAGCACACUUUUUUCUCACAUUUUCCCAAGGACGACACAGCUUCUGCUCUGGACCACCGAGGAAAUAUUUCUCACUUUUAUAAAUGCACUUUUUUUUUACUGGACCAUAUCCGUCGGUUUGGUGUGUGUUGGUUGAAAAACUAGUGAUGAGAUUUUAACUCGUGGUUUGUCUUCCUUUUUUAUUUUUUCCUCAUGACAUUGAGGCUUGCCCCGGACUCUGAUCCCGAGCCUUUAAAACUCCAGUUUUUAGGGUGUGAGUUUAUGUGUUUUUUAGUUUAAACACAAACACACACUCCUGUUGCUCCAGUAAAAACAUACCGGCAGCGUGUUUGCACGCCGCUUCCUCUCCGACUGACUCACCGGUCUUCGCUCCGGUUAAAGACGGGGACUCGGUUUCGGGGGAUUUUAGUGGGAGUUUUCCCCUCCGUAGUUUCGGACAGUGCUGUGCUUUCAGUUUUGCUGGUGAAACAGAGUUAACAACAAAUACAAAAUGCCACAGUUAUCAGGCGGCGGAGGAGACCCGGAGCUGUGCGCCACGGACGAGAUGAUCCCGUUCAAAGACGAAGGAGACCCGCACAAGGAGCAGAUCUUCGCCGAGCUCAGCCACUCGGAGGAGGAGGGAGACCUGGCCGACAUCAAGUCAUCUCUGGUCAACGAGUCAGAGAGCAGCCCCAACAGCAACAGCCACGAUGGAACUAGACAUUCCCAAAUACCGCAAGAUUCAUAUCAUGAAAAACACAGAGACCAUUCGGAAGAUGGAAAACUCCAAGACCUGUACAGUAAGGGCCAUCACUACCAGGGCUACCCGGGCUACAUCAUGAUGAGCAACAUGAACGACAACUACAUGACAAAUGGCUCCAUCUCGCCGCCCAUGCCCAGAACGUCCAACAAAGUCCCCGUGGUGCAGCCGUCCCAUGCAGUCCACCCACUCACCCCGCUGAUCACGUACAGCGACGAGCACUUCGCACCAGGAUCCCAUUCUGGUCCUCACCCCCAGGAUAUCAACAAACAAGGAAUGCAGAGGCAUCACCAAGAGAUGACCAACUUCUACUCCCUGUCUCCUGGAGGAGUCGGGCAGAUCACGCCACCACUGGGAUGGUUCUCACACCACAUGGUUCCUGGCCCCCAAGGUCCCCACGCCACAGGGAUCCCCCACCCGGCCAUCGUCAACCAUCAGGUCAAACACGAGCCUCCGCAUGAAACAGACAUCAUGCACAUGAAACCCCAGCACGAACAGAGAAAGGAGCAGGAGCCCAAAAGACCGCACAUCAAGAAGCCGCUAAACGCCUUCAUGCUUUACAUGAAAGAAAUGCGUGCGAACGUGGUCGCAGAGUGCACGCUGAAGGAGAGCGCGGCCAUCAAUCAGAUCCUGGGCCGAAGGUGGCAUGCUUUAUCUCGGGAAGAGCAAGCUAAGUAUUAUGAGUUAGCGCGCAAGGAACGGCAGCUCCACAUGCAGCUCUACCCAGGCUGGUCCGCUCGAGACAACUAUGGAAAGAAGAAGAAGCGGAAGAGGGAAAAGAUGCAGGAAUCAGCCCCAGGUACAGGCCAGAGAAUGAAAACGGCGUACAUCUGAGAAUAUGGAGGGAAACGGAACAAUUUCUCCACAUGCAAAGCGAAGGCAGCAGCUACGGGCCCUCUGCUAGAGAUGGAGGCCUGUUAGAUUUCCAUGAAGACCCUUAAAUAUCAAAACUGAAGCCUCCAGUUCUCAGAGGACCCCAACCCUUCCCUCCUAAACCCCAUCCUUACCCAACCCCACCACCCCCUUUUUCUUCAACACAGUCACAUGUCGCCACCGAACACCCUUCACUCCCGUCCUGAAGGCGCCUGCUGUAGAAUCACUGAACUGAACAAGACAAUCAUAGGAGCACCAAACACAAUCUCUCACCGUAAAAAAAAAACACAUCGAUUUGACGUCUGUGUCUCCUCUCACAAUCCCAAGGCACUGCACUGCAACUUCUUCAUGGCACCGCCCUCACACCUGCUCCUGAGUUACUGUAAGUUAUUUGUCACCUCGGUUCCUUUGUAUAGUUCAUUAGGCCGACAUUCACUCCCUCAACACCUCCCCCACCCCCUUUCUCUCUAUAUCCCCUCCCUCCCUGGAUUUUUGAGACCAUUGUGGGUUUCGCCCGACCGACCAAACACCUCUUUUUAGACUGCACUAAGGAAGCCGGAGGAGUCUCAUCUUGUCUACGAAACGUCCUCACGACGCCAUUAUGAGUUUGUCGCUGACCAGUUGGUGCAAAAAAGGAUCAACGUUCUGAUUUGCUUUUUAGACUGAAUUUGAUUUUGAAUGCUUUUUUGUAUCUUGAAUCCUUGUUUGAAUUUCUCGGUGUAUAUUUUAGUGAUUUUUUUUAAUAUUGUUUUUUUUUUAUAUAUAUAGUGGUAUAUAUGAAAAUAAGCUUUGGACACAGGAAAGCCAUUUUUCUUGUUGAAGCAUCUUGCAGAAAAUUGAAACUUAAGGCUUCUUUUGAUAACUAUUUGUAACAAAUAGUGACCUCGAGUCUUGCUCAGAUGUAAAAUAAUGCUCAGUAUGUGUACUUUUUAAAAACUGUCAGGAUAUGUCAAUUUUCUUGGUAUUUUUGCAGGCAACAUUAGGACAAAGGCGAGAGUUAUGGCUCAGAGGCCUAUAUUUUAUUGUUCUAAAACAUGAUAAAUGAAGCAGAUAUAUAUAUUUACCCCAGCACUUGGCAGUCUUUCUUUUAUUGCAAUGGACCUUUGUCUUUUCUCUCUGGUAGCUAAUAGUGUGGUCUUUAGCCAUGUCGUUUAUUCCAUGCAAGCAUCCCUGUAACAGUUUGAUUUUAAUGCUCUAUUUUAGUAUUACUUGAUGAAUUCCUUUUUUAUUAUCUCAUUUUGGGUCACUGUUAUCUUGGUGUAGCAUUUUGCUUCCCAAGUGGUCAUAUUUGAACUGUUUCAACAUGUUUUUUUUGUAAGAAAAAUAAAAAGGCACCAUUGGCUCAUCGGAUCACUCGUGUGGUGGAAAGACCUGAGCUACGAGUGCCAGAUGUAGCA